CGGGCGGACGGGACGGGCGCGUGGCCGCGGCCGUUGCUAAGGGGCCGCGCUUCGGCCGCCGUAGCUAAAGACAGAAGGAAGAGAGAACGCUACAAUGUCUCCUGAAGUUGCCUUGAACAGAAUUUCUCCUGCUCUUUCACCGUUCAUUUCGAGUGUGGUGAGAAAUGGAAAAGUAGGCCUGGAUGCUACCAAUUGUUUACGAAUUACAGACCUGAAAUCUGGCUGUACGUCCUUGACACCUGGGCCUAGCUGUGAUCGGUUUAAGCUGCAUAUUCCUUAUGCUGGAGAAACACUCAAAUGGGAUAUAAUAUUCAAUGCUCACUAUCCUGACCUGCCACCAGAUUUUAUCUUUGGAGAGGAUGCUGAAUUUUUGCCAGAUCCUUCUGCCUUGCAUAAUUUGGCUUCUUGGAAUCCUUCAAAUCCUGAAUGCCUCCUGCUUGUUGUGAAAGAGCUCGUGCAGCAGUAUCAUCAAUUUCAGUGCAGCCGAUUACGUGAGAGCUCACGUCUCAUGUUUGAGUAUCAGACUUUACUUGAAGAGCCCCAGUAUGGAGAAAAUAUGGAAAUCUAUGCUGGCAAAAAAAAUAACUGGACUGGUGAAUUUUCAGCUCGCUUCCUCUUGAAGUUGCCUGUAGAUUUCAGCAAUAUUCCUACGUAUCUUCUCAAGGAUGUGAAUGAAGAUCCUGGAGAAGAUGUCGCACUUCUCUCUGUUAGUUUUGAGGACGCAGAAGCUACUCAGGUUUUUCCUAAGCUGUAUCUCUCUCCACGCAUUGAACAUGCGCUUGGAGGAUCAUCUGCCCUUCACAUCCCAGCCUUUCCGGGUGGAGGUUGUCUAAUCGACUAUGUGCCCCAAGUAUGCCAGUUACUAACAAACAAGGUACAAUAUGUUAUUCAGGGAUACCAUAAGAGGAGAGAGUAUAUCGCAGCCUUCCUGAGUCACUUUGGAACUGGUGUAGUGGAAUAUGAUGCAGAAGGCUUCACAAAGCUUACUCUGUUGCUGAUGUGGAAAGAUUUUUGCUUCCUUGUUCACAUUGACCUACCCCUGUACUUUCCUCGAGACCAGCCAACCCUAACCUUUCAGUCCGUCUACCACUUCACUAACAGUGGGCAGCUGUACUCCCAGGCCCAGAAGAACUACCCGUACAGCCCACGCUGGGAUGGCAACGAAAUGGCCAAGAGAGCAAAGGCAUAUUUCAAAACAUUUGUCCCUCAGUUCCAGGAGGCUGCAUUUGCUAAUGGAAAGCUUUAGGUAACCUUGGGCAUUGAGAUGAUACUGGACAGAUUCUUCCGUCUACGCAUGUCAGCACUCAAGUAUUCCUGGAAAUGGGCUGGACUGGCUUGAUACUUUCUAGCCUCCUCAAUAGUUUUGAUAGCUUCGUGUUUUGCCUGAUCUAUGAAACAAUGACCUCAGCUAGCACGCUCAAAAAUUUUACAUUCAUUGACUCCUUUGCCUCUGCCUCCGCCCAUCCUUUGUGUAUCUACUGGAUUAAAUUUAAAAGUAUGUGUUUCGAUGUGGUAACGUUUUCUUGUGCCAACAAUGUCCUGUAUGUUACGCCUUGUUUGCUUACCUUCAGAUGGUGUUAGUUGGAUUUUUUUUUCUACCGGAAUAUUGUGAAAUUUGUCCAUUUAGUUAACAUUUCCAGCUUAUCCUAAGAAAAUAUAGUACUGCCAUACAUACCAGAAAUGCCUAAUGGACUGUACAGUGCCAUAUUCUGCCUUGGCUGUUUGCAUCUCACUGUGGUAAUUAUUCUCACAGGUAUGGAUAUGAGUUGCACAGUUCAAUUCUCAGUGCCUUUCAAGUGGGUCUGAUGUUAGUAUGGCAGGGUCUUGGAAGGUUUUUUUAUGUUUCAGUUGAAAGCUCAUCUUAUAUUAAAUGCUGUGCUUUUAUGCUUUGUUUUUAAUUCCAGUUGCACACUUUCGGUGUUUUUCUAAUGAACUCCCUUUGCUUUUAUGAAAAAGUUCUAGUGCUCCAGUACAAAUGCUCAAAGAGCUCAUUCUAUCAAUCUGUAUAACAAAAUAAUGCUCUUCCGAAGACCUGUAAUUUUUCCAAGUAAGAUAAAUACUGCUAAGAAGCAAACUUUCAACAGAUGAAUGAAAUACGUCUUGGAAAGUAACUGAUGAAAUAAUGUGGGGUUCUACGUAUUUAGCUUAAUGCCUAAUGUCAGUGUUUUCUCAGAAAUAAUUUUAAGUGUAUAUAACUGGAAGCAUUACCUCCCUAACUCUGAAAUGCCAAAUACAAAAUUCCACCUAUUCAUCCUUUCUUUCGUGCUUGUGUCAGGCGCACCAGUGAGGACUAGCAGUCACCGUGCCACUUCCCAAAUUAAUCUGCAAAUAGACAUGGGGGCUUUCCAGUAAGGAAUGAAAUUAACAGUCUGUGUUGCUUGUAAAUGGCACAUGGAAAAAUGUGCCCUACUUCUGCUAAAAAUAAGGAACCAAAUGAAUGACAUGUGGAUGAUACAGUGGCACUGAAGAACAUUCAAUUUCAAAUUGGUCACCUUAUCACCACUCAUAUAAUGGAAUCCGAUUAAUUGAUUGGCAGUGUUCCUCCUACCCUUUCUACAACUUGUUGUUUUACAUUAAAAUGAGCAUGUUCCAGUGGAAUGUCCACCUAGGGGGGGUAGAUGGGUUCUGAGCAGUGAAGUUAAUAAUUAAAAAUUAUGCAAAUAAGUCGCCUCUAGAAACUACAGGUAUUUUUAGCUAUUUUAUAGGCAAAACUGUAGUUUAAUACUGAAGUUCUUGGCUGGAAGUUAAGCUGUGAACAAAAUCAGAGCAAAGGGGGAUGUGUUCUGUCCUGCGAGCCAUCUCCAUGUGACUUGCUGCAUUAUCUGAGGGCUGUAAACAGCUCCAAAGGUCUGAGCGGAAUUCUCCCUGUGGAGGCAUUGCAUUAGGCUUUUGCAUGCAAACCAAGACCUAGAGCAGAUGUGGAUGGCAAUGGUUUUAUGUGUCAAGCAAAACAGUAACUGAACAGCCUUAAAUGACUGAAAAUAGACUUUGUUUGAUAUUGGGACAAUCUCAGAUCUGUAUUUCUUCAGGUAAAAAUCAAAGUCUCACACCUACUCGGGAAUAAGCUAACUCUUAUGAAUGGGAAGGGAGGAGGGUGGCUAGUGAAAAGCAUUUGUUCUCACAGCAUUCAAAAUCCCAUCAAUCCCAAAAACCAUCUCUGGUACAUUAAAGGAAAAAAAAAAAAGAAGCACCCUUUAGUUGAAUCUGUAGAUCCCAGGUACCUGACAUUUUAUAGCGCUGUAUUUGAUUCUGUGUCACGCUGAGCAGCCCAUAAACACAGCGUUUGCUCGAUACAUCGAAUUGCCUGAGGGGCUCAAGUACUUUUAAAAUCUUUUCAGAGCUUACCCUGAUGCUUUCAAAGGCCAGCAAUUGCAACGUGUUUCAGAAGUUCUGCUCUUCAGAAGUGACCGCACAUUUUCAACCAAAAAUGCUGCCUUCAUCCCAGCCUCAGCAUUCUGGACAGAGGACUGCUUUCUUACUGAGGUCUACAUGUUCUACAAACCGUGUAAGGGAGGACUUUGAAGAUGGAAAAAGCCUCAAUCAACAAUUCUUUAUGUUACUCCAUAACGCCGUACCAACUUUUCACUAACAUGCAUGGAAAUGAGCCAGUGCUUUCAGUUUAAUUUUACCUCAUCCUACAACUGGUAGUGUUUGGCAAAAAAAAGGUUAAGUAGAAGAGUUGAGAGACUGAAGUUUUUCUGUGUGAGAUAAAGCCUGCACAUCUGUCAGUUUUCAGGUUAGAAUAAAGGCAUUUUCUUUGCACUUGA